CACAGGCGAGAGAGCUUCGUGGAAAAUUACUACCACUUUUCCCUGCCACCCCCUCGGCGGCUGUGCGGCACACAGGCAGAAAUGCAACAGGUUGAGCGGCAGCUGCAGCCCUGGGCAAAGCUGCACGUGCUGCACUGCCUCCUCCUGCCUUGCUGUUAAUGAAGGCACGGGGGAAAGGCCGCCAAGGAAAAAGAGAUGGCGGAGUGGAAAGUUGGCGUCCUUGGAAGGGAGGCAGUUGGUCGGGGUCGAGCUGCAGCUCCGAGAACUGCAGCCCUUCACUCGCGCACUUCAGGAAUGCUGGCAUUGACCCAAACAGAUACCUCGUUUGGUUUCUCUUCCUUUCUGCUGCCUUUCUUUGGCUCUUAUCGUAAUUCUGCUCAAUUCCCUACACGUAAAAUUAUUACAGCUCAGAAGCAAGUUUCGCUGGGUUCAGUAGUGUCGAGAAUUGCGGCCGCAGAUCAGUACUGUAUAGUAUUGGCUUUCUUUGUUUAUACGGUCUUAUCAGGAUGUGGUGUUUAUGAUGGUACUGAAAUCCAUGAAGCCUCAGCGAUAUUGGUCCAUUUGAGCCGUGAAGGAGCCAGUGUUCAGAUGUAUGCCCCAGAUAUUUCUCAGAUGCACGUUAUCGAUCAUAGCAAAGGACAGCCAGCUGAGGGUGAAUCAAGAAAUGUCUUAGCAGAAUCGGCAAGGAUCGCUCGUGGUAAAAUUGCAGAUUUGGCUAAACUUACUGCAAAGGAUCAUGAUGCUGUGAUAUUUCCUGGAGGCUUUGGCGCGGCCAAAAAUCUGUCUACGUUUGCAGUGGAUGGAAAAGACUGUAAAGUGAAUGGAGAAGUUGAACGUGUGCUAAAGGAUUUCAACAAAGCUGGGAAACCCAUUGGUCUGUGCUGCAUUUCACCCGUUUUGGCUGCAAAGGUUCUUCCUGGUACUGAAGUCACUGUGGGACAUGAAGAAGAAGAAGGUGGUAAGUGGCCUUACGCUGGAACUGCUGGGGCCAUUAAAGCUCUGGGUGGAAAACACCAUAUUAAAGAAGUAACAGAGGCCCAUGUGGACACAAACCACAAGGUUGUAACUACCCCAGCCUUUAUGUGUGAAACAGAAUUGCAUCACAUUUAUGAUGGCAUUGGAGCCAUGGUAAAAAAUGUAUUGAAGCUUACAGGCAAAUGAAGUGGAUACCCAUAAUAUCAGUGACAAUAACUUUAGGAAGUAUGGUCCUUAUAACGCCGACCUAGCACAGGAGUUGCCUCUAAGAAUGCUUACGAUUGUAUUGGAAUGGCGUGUGUAAUUUUCAGCACUAAAGCAGCUCAGGCCGGUUGAAUCAUGCAUCCCCUCCGUAUUUCAGCAACAGUCUUCACAUCGUCAUACAGUGUAUCUGACAACUAAUUCUGGAGAUGGUCACUGUUUAACAAAUCUGAAUUGAUAAUGGAAUAAUAAAAGCAAUUACAUCAUAA